CCUCUCUCUCUCUCUCUCUCUCUCUCUCUCUCUCUCUCAUUUUCUCUAUUUUUUUAACUAUGGAGGAGUUGGGUUCUUUAUGGAGUUAUCAAGAGAAUUUUGAUGAACUGAAUCAGAAGCUUCUGUACACCACAGUUGAACUGGAGACUGUGAAAAUGGAAGCAAACGAGGCGUUGAGGAAGCAUAAGGAGGAGGUUAAGCAUUUACUCAAUCUUCUCAAGGUUGCUUAUCAAGAAAGAAAUGAAGCUAAAGAUCAAUUGCAAAAAUUACUGAAUAAGUUCAUGCCUUCAAGCCCAACUGAAUUUCACCCCAAUAUUCUUUGUCAUCUCCCACAUGAAAGUCCUCUUGUAGUUGUACCAACAAAAGCAAAUUCAAGCAUAACUGAAUCUAAUAGUCAAUCAGAUACAUAUAAUCCCCAGUCACAUGGAUCAUCUCCUGUUGAUUCCUUUUUUGAUGCUGUUUCAUCCCCGGAUUUCUCCAACAUUAAAAUGGCUGAUUCAAGAAACUUGAAUUUUGUUAACCAGCCUUUUGUCCAUGACUACAGUGGUUCUAUGCCAACAGGAGUAGUCUCUUCAGGAGUAACCAAAAUUGAUCCGGUUGCUGCAGUUCUAGACAGUCUUGUUAAGGGAAAAACUCUGCCUCCAAAAGGGAAACUACUGCAAUCCGUGAUGGAAGCUGGACCUCUUCUUCAGACUCUUCUCGUUGCUGGCCCUUUACCGCGAUGGAGAAAUCCUCCUCCUCUGCAACCUUUCAAAAUUCCACCGUUUUCCAUAAAGGGUUCUGAAACUAUGAGCAUUAAUCAGAAACCGACUGCUAAUUCAGGCUGUGUUGCUCAAAGGUCAUUGAAUUCCUCAUCAUCCUAUCUUCAGAUGUCUCGUGUCUCUUCUCAAAUGUGCUCUACAUCCAUGUUAAAUUUUUCGACAUGUCCUGCUGCUGCUGCUCAGAGUAAUGGGAUGCUCUUAACUGCAGGUGCUAGCAUUAACACCCAAAUACCAACCAGCAAGCGACAAAGGUUUCAAUAUUGAGACUGUAGCCUUUGAUUCUGUCUUGUAAAAAUUAAUUUUUAGUGGUUGAUGGUGUAAAUGUGAUAUAUUUUCGGGUUUUAAACUAGACAUAGCAUUUUAACUUAGUUUAUUCCAUGGUGUGUCUUGGUAACAUUUGUUUCACCAGUUACAAAGUGGUGGUUGUACAGUAAAGCUGCUGGAUUUUUUCUCUUGCUUAGUGAGAAAGAUAACCCCACUUUUAUGACAAUGGAUUUGAAUGGUGCAUGGUAUUUCAAUAUCAUUUUUUAAAUAACUAAAUAUGAUGAUGUAUUAAGUAAUAUAUAAGUUAAAUAAUCACCAGUAGUACUAAUUGGAAUCAGAUGUUAUAAAUUAAACACUUUUCAAACGGCCUGUUUAUUUAUGUACUAUCAGAUUUGGCAUUUUGCUCUAGAGCAUCCUUGUAUCAGGGGCCUACUGACGAGAGUAG